AUGGUGCUUCGAAUGACGAGACUCACUGACGAUGCCGACUACCAUGCCGGCGAAACGUUGGGGAAUGUACCACGUCCACGGUUCAACUUUGGAAAUGAUGAUGCAGACAAUGGACUCCGGACUAGGUGCGUUCUUCUCUGUCUUCCUGCCAAUAUGACUAUGUUGCGAAAAAAAGGUCAAACAACCUCUAUACAAAUGUUUUUUGUUUAUAAGUAG